AUGCGUCGAUCGCAGACCGUUGAGAGUGGCGAACGCAAUGAUGAUGAUUCGACGUCGAAAAAGUGCAGCUCGCCGAGCACUAAAAAAGAGCGAUGGUCGUUCGCGAUCAAGCGGCGAUGGUUCUCGUCGUCGACGUCGCGACAGAGUCAUGAUCAUCAUGAUGUCGCGAUUGUGGUACCGCAGAAGACGACUUUGGGUGGAUCGACGAGCGGAGGAGCAGCUGAAUCCGGCUCCGUUCCCGACAGACCAGAUGAAUCGAGUGGAUCAGCGGUCUCAAAACGAAAAUCGUUACGACGAAUUUUUGCCAAUUCGAGCAAAGAGCGCUCAUCACAGUCCAACGCAGCUUCAUCGUCUUCGUCGUCAGCAGUGACGAAUCGACAGUCGACGUCUGCAUUGCCACCGAACGGACAUACGUCUUCCACCGCUGAAUCUUCGUCUUCUGCUCAACAGUACCCGAUCGGUGUGCUGUCAUCCGGUGAGCAGCCGUCGACAGCUGCCAACAACUCAACGACGCCGUCGGUCGCCGCAUCAGCAGCCGCUGUCACAACACCGCGACACUCGCUACAGUCCGCCAGCACGGUUGCAGCUGUCGGAAGCUCGCAGGAAGAGGAGAAGCCGGAGGACAACCUCCCGCCUCCAAUGCAAAACAUCACGCUGAAUAACACAAAUAUGGAAGAGUCGACGAAUGAUGUUCCAGCUCCAGCCGCCGAUGCCACCGGUGCGGCCGAGGAAGCGGCACCAGCUGUCGCCGAGAAGACACCCGAAGAGAUGGCGAGAUUCAAGAGACAGUAUGUCCUUAUGGAGCUCGUCGAGACUGAGCAGGACUACGUGAGAGAUCUGACAUCGGUGGUUGAAGGCUACAUUGGGAACUUGGAAAAAAUGGAUCUGCCCGCGGAUCUCGUUGGAAAGGAUAAAAUCAUUUUUGCAAAUAUUGCACAGAUUUUGGACUUUCACAAGACAUGUUUCCUGAAAGAAAUUGAGAAAUCGACGGAAAACUAUGAAGCAGCGGGUGCGGCAUUCGUAAAAUACGAACGCCGCCUGCACACUCUGUACGUGAAAUACUGCCAGAACAAGCCGAAAUCGGAUUAUCUCGUCUCGCAGGACGACUUCGAGGCGUUUUUCGCCGAGACGAAAGCCAAAUUGGGGCACAAGGUGGCGUUGUGCGAUUUGCUCAUCAAACCGGUGCAGCGAAUCAUGAAAUAUCAGCUGCUGCUCAAGGAUAUCCUCAAGUUUACGGAUCGCGCCAAGGAUCGAAAUGAGAUUCUUCUCAAGGCGCUUCAUGUUAUGCACGUGGUGCCGAAGGCUUGCGAUGAUAUGAUGCAGGUUGGACGACUUCAGAACUUUGACGGAAAUCUCGGCGCACAAGGCAAACUCAUUCAUCAGGGAACACUGCAGAUCAGCGAAUCGGCCGCUGGAACCACGCAGAAGCCGAAAGAUCGCCGAAUUUUCCUAUUCGAACAGUCGGCGAUUUUCGCCGAUCACAUUCCGCCGAAGAAAGAAUUCGGUAAUCCGACAUAUAUUUUCAAAAAUCAAAUUAUGGUGAACAAAAUGGUAUUUGAUCCAGUGGUACCAGAGGAUCCUCUGAGGUUCGUCAUUCGAAGCUCGGACCCGUCGCAAGGAACGAUGUUCAUUGCCAAUGCUCAGACACUCGAAGAGAAGGAGGAAUGGGUUUCCAAGAUCAGUGAGCAACUCGAUCAGCAGAAGCGACUUCUCGCGGCGCUCGUUGAUCCGAAACGAUAUAUGGGAGGAGGAGACGAUCUUUCGAGUGCAAUGGGAAGUAUAUCAAUGGGACCACCCGGCGGUGGCGGAAACGACAAGAAGAACGCUCCAACAUCAGCGCCUGCGAAGGCGGGCUCGUCGAAGAAGAACAGCGAUGCGUCGCCGAAGAAAGAAAGCAAAUCGAAAUCAUUGUUCUCGUUCGGCAAGAAACCCGCCAAGUCGCCGACGUCACCCCCGCCGCUCACUGCCAACGCUUCUUGCGAUUAUCGCAAAAUUCGAGAAGAUGAGAUCGACCUGAAAGCGGAUGAGAAAGUGACAAUUCGAGACGUGAAAAAUGGAUUUGCGCGUGUCGAGAAGUCGAAUGGGACCAUUGGAAAAGUGCCGAAUUAUUAUCUACAAAUCGAUGAGAUUCCUGGCGAGAAUUUUGCCGAGCAAAUCGAAUAUCGACGGAAUUGGUAUCGACGGGUUGAUGAGAUUCCGUGCACGACGACGACGACGACAGAUGUCAUCGCGGAUUUUGAUGUGAUUCUGGAGAUGUCGAAAUGUCAGAGACCGGUGAUUACCAAGGAUUUAGAAGAUGUUGAAGCCGUCGAAGGGGACAUCGUCGAAUUGGCACCGGUGAUUGUUUCGCACACCGAUUUCACAAUUGUUUGGCACGGGCCGGCCGUCGAGUCGAAGCGGGCUCGAAUUCAAACGAACGGCUCCGAGAGCCGGCUGAUUAUCGAACGCGUCAAUCGAACUGAUAUUGGCGCAUAUUCAGCGAUCGCUAGGAAUUCAUUCGGCGUCACAUCGACAGUGGCGUUCUUGAAUGUGAUUCUAAUACCUGGAGCACCGGAAGAGUUUGUCGGCAAAAUCAGCGGGGAUCACGUGAUUCGGUUGAAGUGGAAACAAGAAAUCGGCUGGAAAUAUUGUAUUGAAUUCAAAUCAAAAGACGCUGACUCGUUUUCGGUGGCUUCUACGAACAUCACCAAAGCCCACGUGUCCCUCCGAAAUUUCGUUGGCGAUUUCUACACGUUCCGCGUGUUCGCUUACAAUCAUCGGGUCCGUAGCGAUCCAUCCGCUUGUGUCACUGUCGAUUUCCACAAAAAUAUUGUCAAUUGA